GCGCUGACGUUGGCGGCAAUAUAUCACGGCUCGCUUGUUCCGCUUGGCCUCCGCAUGAUAAACAGGUGUCGCUGAAGGAGGAAAUCGAGAGGAGUGGCGUGGUUUUCAGCGGUUUUGGAGACUGUGCGCGAAAAAGCGAAGAGUUAGUUGUUGGCCCGUCGUCCAUCAAAGUCUCGUCUGUGUUUCCAACAAGCAAUGACGGAGGCGUGAUGGAUUCAACGAAUCAUAUGAAGGAAGGCCGGCCUGUCAGCGCGUCCGGAGACUGCGCGACUCCGGUGGGCACUGGCAACAGGUCCCUGGGCUCUAUCGGACCCGUGGCGCGGUCCACGCCGCUCAGCGCGUCGACGGUCAGAGGCCCUGAGGCCAGUGGUGAGGAGCCUCGUCUUUCAGACACACAAAGCACCACUUCAUUGUCACCUAAGCAGUCUAAUUGUGACUUCUCUAAGGGGGAUGUCAUGGCUGGCGACUCUACGCAGAUGUCUGCGAAACUUGCCAAGAGGGAGUCUUACAAGGCCCAGCGCAAGCACUACCGAUGCGAGAAGAAGCGGGUCGCCAUGGAGCUGUCCAGCACGCUCACGGACCCGUCGAUCAUAGUGCUGGCCGACUGGCUCAAGGUACGGGGCAGCCUGAAGGGCUGGACCAAGCUGUGGUGCGUGCUCAAGCCGGGAUUGCUGCUCCUCUACAAGAGCCCCAAGAUCGCCAAGAGCAGCCAGUGGGUCGGCACAGUUCUCCUGAAUGCGUGUGAGCUGAUAGAGCGACCUUCCAAGAAGGAUGGGUUCUGCUUCAAGAUCUUUCAUCCACUUGAGCAAUCCAUCUGGGCAUCACGGGGUCCCCGGAAUGAGGCCAUCGGUGCCCUGGUACAACCAUUGCCCGUGAGCCACCUCAUCUUCCGGGCACCCUCCGAGGCAGCGGGCAAGUGCUGGAUGGACGCCCUGGAGCUGUCGCUUCGCUGCUCCUCACUUCUGCUGCGUUCCAUGACGUCGGGACACUUGCGCAGCAACAGCGGCGGUGGAACUGGGCUGGGCAACAGCCGGGACUCCACGUUGUCCGCGGCUGGCAUAGGUGCGGGCGAGGCUGAACUGUCGCACAUAGCCACCUCUCCCACCACUGCCACCUCUCAGCAGCGGCACUGGAACGAGAGUGACCUCGAGAACCACUUCAAGGACCAAGACCUGGGUGAUGACGCCCCGACGGACGACCAGCGAGAUGGCACGCAGAGUUUGCGGUCUAGCGAUACAGACUCUGAGGAGGAAGAGCACCAACGACUGACGGAGGAUAGUGGGGAAGUGGAGGAAAUUGAGGAGGAACCAGAGACACCGUACCAGGAAGAGAGCAACGAGGAGCUUGGAGUGGCAGGCGAUGCAGGUCAGACAGAAGAGGUUGCAGAGGAAAAUCGCAGCCUCAUCUGGGCCCUGGUGAAGCAGGUGCGGCCGGGCAUGGACCUGUCCAAAGUGGUGCUGCCCACCUUCAUCCUCGAGCCACGGUCUUUCCUCGACAAGCUUGCCGACUACUACUACCAUGCCGACAUCCUCUCCAGGGCUGUUCAAGAGGACGACCCCCUGACGCGGAUGAAGCUGGUGGUGCAGUGGUACCUCUCCGGUUUCUACAAGAAGCCCAAGGGCCUCAAGAAGCCCUACAACCCCAUUCUUGGCGAGGUGUUCCGCUGCUGUUGGAAGCACCCCGAGACGGGCAGCCGGACCUUCUACAUUGCAGAGCAGGUCUCUCAUCACCCACCGAUUUCUUCUUUCUACGUGAGCAACCGGCCAGAUGGUUUCUGCAUCAGUGGAACAAUUUUGGCAAAGUCAAAGUUCUAUGGCAACUCGCUGUCGGCAAUUCUGGAAGGCACGGCGCAGCUGUCCUUUUUGACGAGGGGCGAGACGUACACGAUCACCAUGCCGUACGCUCACUGCAAGGGCAUCCUCAUGGGCACCCUUACCAUGGAGCUCGGGGGCAAGGUGAACAUCGUAUCGGAGAAGACGGGCUACCGCACCGAACUCGAGUUCAAACUCAAGCCAUUCCUAGGCGGGUCUGAGUUGUGCAACUUGGUGACGGGCAAGCUGAAGCUCGGCAAGGAGACCCUCUUCCUCAUCCAGGGUCAUUGGGAUGGACAGAUUUUCCUGCGAGACAAGAGGACACAGGAAGAGCAGGUGCUGUGGCACCCAACCCAGGAAGUGAGGUCGAAACGGCUCAAACGGUCCACGGUGCCCUUGGAGUUGCAGCAAGAAUACGAAUCUGAAAGGCUGUGGCAGCACGUGUCAGCAGCCAUAAUACGUGGGGACCAGGUGGCUGCCACUGAGGAGAAGACCAUCCUGGAGGAGGCGCAGCGAAGGAGCGCGAAGGAGAGGCAGGCACGCAUGGAACCCUGGAUGCCCCGUUUCUUCAUCCAGGACCUCCUCACGGGUGACUACAUCUACAAGCACGCCGACUCUCGUCCAUGGGACCCUCGAAACGAUGUCGUUCAGUUUGAGCGGCACGGAGUGAUCCAGAGCAAGACGCGGCACCAGACGCCCAUCGUGCCUUCGGGGGGCAGCCUGGUCAGCAUCGAAGGGAGCCCUCCCGAGAGUCAGGUUGGCCUGCGCAGGCGCAUCUUGCACUCGAGCCCGAGGCAGGCAGCUGCUCAUCUCGCUCACCGCCACCAUCACCACCACCACCACCAUCACCACAGGCAGCAACAACAACAGUCGGGCUUGGCCUCUGCGGGUACUAAGAAGGAGCGAAAGAAGAAAGUAGGCCCCGCUGUCGGCAUUCACCACAGUGGCAGCUCCUCGGCCGAGCGAGGUGCCUGCCUCUCCUGCGAUUCCACCGACAGCGAAGCACUGGCAGCAGAGGCAAGCAAGGGGGUAGCAGCACGGUUGGGCCUGCAGCCAAGCCGUUCAGUGCUGUCAAGCAGCUCGCUGUCUCACUCCCUGGGUCCUGCCCUGGCUCCUCUGCAGCGCUCCCUGGAGGAGGCGAACACCACCCUGAACACGUUGCAGCGACACCUUGAACACGUAGUGCUGCAGCAGCGGCAGCUCGAACACCGGCUCAGCCAGCGCAGUGACGUCACCACGGUUGCUUUCGUGCUCGUGUUUGCCCAUGUUGCAAUACACCUUUUCCUCCGGAUCUGGUUCCCCUCCUGAUCGCGCUCCGUCGGCCCUGUUGCUCGACCUGCAAGGACAGGAAUACUCUUUCAGGCCUUCGGUUCGUGAUGGCCGGUAUAGCAUAGCUCGCAAGCCAUGUGUGAUAUCUGUAUUGGUACUGCAGCGGUACCUGCACCCUGUGAUCACCACUGUAGCAUGGCCUCACGUGCAGGUGUCAACGGUAGAACAGUGUUACCAAUACCCGUACUUGGUAUUAGUACCCAGUACAACAAUGUUGCGAUCACCAGUGUAGCUGCCCCACAUGCGCAUGAUGUCGGUACGAGUGGCACCGGUACUGCAAUGGUACCAGUACUUGGUGAUACGCAUGGCAUGGCUUGAGUGUGGUAGCACCAUUUUACUGGUUACUUUGAGAGCUUCCGGGCCAUUGUGCAUGUGGCAGUGCUAAGAAAGGCGACGGUGAUGGGUUUCCACACCCUCCACUGCAUUGCGGAUUCAGUGGGAGUGUGAGUGAGUACACAACUUAGUGUUCGCUCCAGGCACAUGGAUACUGGCUGGGAAUUGUUUAAAGAGGACUGUAUGCUUGGAAGAUCACUCUCUGCCUGUAAGACUGUAAGCUUGGGGUGGCGAGGGGGAGGGGAACAGGUUCAUUGAACUCUUUGUUCAUUUUGUACAUAGGAAUAGGGUACUGCUUGGGCAAGUAAGAUGUAAGUGCAAGUGUCAAACAACUGUAGUCGUGUGUAGACGCAGCGUGAACUUGGCUGUGACACUGUACUUCUCGGUACUGCCAGGAAGGGCUAGUGGUGUCUUGGGAGGAAAGUUACUGGGUAUGGACAAGAAAGAUAAAACCCGCGUUGUACAUAUGGGCCGAGCUUUUGAAAUGUGGCAACUGCCCUUGCAUAUUGGCAACUCUGUGCUGUCUGUUGCUGAAGGCUGCUGCUGGGACAGUUCUGUCUUCCGGUGCUUGUGUUCUGACUGCUUUUAAAACAGUGCUGACCAUUUCAUUUUGGGCCUAAGUGUGUAAGAGAGGCGCAGGCAUCAGUGCUUCAGCGACAUCAUGUGGCGUGACAGUGUUCGCUCAGCUUUCUUUCAACAUCUGAGGAAGGAAGUAGGGUUUCUCGACGAACUUCCUGCCCGUGCUGGUACAGUUACUAAGUAUGGACAUUUCAAGCACGUAGUAUCUACGGCACAACUAUGUGGUAUGCACCUGUAGCGUAAAAUACCCCCUUUUCUCUCUCGCUUACGAGUGAAAAUAUCUCUGGUGUGUUUGGAAAAUGUGAUAAUGUUAAUGAUCGGGCUCUAAGUGAAAGGGGAAGGAGGAGGGGGGUUGUCAUUACUCAGCUUGUAACUUAACUAUGAUGUGAAAACAAAAACACCCCGAGCAACACUAAGAACUUCGAAGUAUUGAUUGUCCCUUAGUUUCUUUUGCUCAUAUUGAAGGAAGUGCCUCAGGAGCAUUUCAUUUGGCUCAUUCUUGUCAUGGGUGCAACUGCACAGACUGGAAUUGAAUUAAUCUUGCCAACAAUGCAGCCACACAUAUAUAUUGGCUAUGACAAGAGAGCAGCAUUGAUGGGAUCACUGUUUAAGUGAGCAUGCUUUGAACACAAGAUGGAUUAUAUAUAUACAUACUAGGGAUGGGCGAAUAUUCGAACGAAUAUUAAAGCAUUCGAAUUCGCUUCGAUACGAAUUUAGAUUAUUCGAAAUUUCGAAGUAUUUCGAAUCAACAUACUACUAUGUACAUAUUUGACCGCACAUAACCCCCUGUAAAGGUGGUUUCACUGCAGCGUCUGCUUGCUGUGCCGUGAAACCACCCAUCCAAGGGAAAUUUGCAGUGCCGUGAAGCCACACUUCAAGGUUAAAUACAUAUUUUUUAAAGUUUAAAAGCGUGUUAUAUGGGCUUAUAUACGCUAAGUUUAGUAAUUUUUAAAUUGUAACGUACUGCACCACUUAUAACUUGCACCCUAGUGCUAUUCAGAUCUUGAUACUACUCAAGGCUGCUUCAUUUCAAACCAAAAAAGUGACAUUCACUCACACCUAGUUCCAAUCCUUAAAAAUAUUGUGCAAGGGUCAUGACAAAAAUGCUCAUCUUUCUUAAUAAUAUGCGGUAAAUACUGUUCGAACUAUUCGAUUCGAAAUUAUUUGACCAAAUCACUAUUCGCUUUGAAUUCGCUUCGAACCUCAAAUUCACUAUUCGCCCAUCCCUAAUACAUACCUUUUGAAAAUUUUCAGAAGGGAUGAUGGGAGCAGGUGUUGAGAUGUAUUUCACUGCUUGUGAGCACGUAGGGCAUACAGUACUAAUACAGGUAGUCCUGAAGCUCUGAACAUGGUCAACACGCCAACUUUGGAAAGGUUGCGCCACAGUGCUUGCUAACACGCUUUCUUUGUUGCCUUUAGUGUUGUCGUACUGCUAAGUAAGUCUAGUUUUCUUUUAGUUUUCUUUUGGUGCUAUAACUUCUUUUAGGUGGACAUAAGCACGACUGUCACUGCAUGACAAGAUCACCCUGUUCUGCUGCCAUCUGGAGUAUACAAGUUUUGCACUCUUUCAAGAGAUUCUUCCAUUCCUGUUGAUUUGUCAAGCACUUCUUCGUUAAUACAAAAUGAAUUCUGUGUUUUCUAGCACGUGUACUUCAUGAAGCUUUGCCGCUGAAAUAGCUGAAGCUCACAGCGAUGGUCUCCGUGAUGAAAUAAAUACUGCAAAAGAAUUUCGCAAAAAAUCAUCACAAGUAAGUGCGAGUGCAAUUAUGUACAAUAAACUUCACACUGCCAAUCGUGCUGCCGUGCAGAACACGAAAAGGGACAGCGCCCCUAGUAAAUUUACGGCUGCUUGCUUAAAUGGACACUAAAGGCAAAUUACAAUUUAUUCCAGAGUGCAAGGUUGAUGCUUGAGAACGUCUAAACUGUCAGUGUUACGCAACGCAGUGCUUUAGUAAUCGAAAAAUGAAGGUAAAUGUAGGACAGGAUUUGCACCACCAGUGAGACUUUCUGGUACUAGUCUGAUCCAGGGGCGUAGGCAGAAAUUUUUUUCGCUGGGGGGUUCAACCAUACUUUCUGUAUGUUCGUGCGUGCGUUUGUAUGUGUGCAUGCAUAUAUACGCAAGCAAAACUGAGAAAUUUCGAGGGGGAGGGGGGUUUGAACCCCCCCAACCCCCCCUUGGCUACGCCCCUGGUCCGAUCACAUAGUACAAUUAAACACAAGUACUCGAGCUAACCAUGAUAAAAAAGAACAUUGCAGUGCAUGACAAGAUGGAAUAAAAUACAGCUUGCGCAUUUCUGUUUGAUUCGUGGAAAAAAGAAGUUCUUGACGUCACCCUUGAAAAUGAUGCGGGUGGUCCAAAAGUUCCGUUUUCACCGAGCUGUGCUCCACCGCCACAGUCACAUCUCGGUGGUGGUUUUAUUAUCGCGUACUGCUGCGCGGGGUUUGGUCUCUCACAAAACUUGCUCGAACUGCAAGUUCGACAAAAUGUCGCAUCCAUGUGACGUUAAAUGCCGGGAUAGUCUACGCUGCACGACCAACAGCACUUGCAGCAAAGAAGAAAGAAGCAGCGAGAAACUGCAACGCCCGCAGUAUAGGGUGGGCAUGGCAAAUGCUACAUCACAAGUCCCUUCCGAGGCGGUCGGUUUGAAGUGCGCUAGUGAUAUGCGAGCCGCUAAAAUGCGAUUUUCAUUCAAACUAAGCAUUUCCUUGGCAUGAAACAAGCACCACAAUAUUUCAGGAAUGCUAUUUCAACAAUCCACAUCGACUUAGUAUUUGCCUUUAGUGUCCCUUUAAGCCAUCUUUGUUUCUGUCGCAAAAUUACAUCUUAUAAACUUAAUGGGGAGGAAGAUGCUGUAUUUAUGCUUAUAUUAACUGAGCUGUGAACAACUUUCGGUGAGUGUGAUGGUUGUAGAUAAUAAACUAACGCAUGGUCGCAUCGUUCAUGACUGGAAGACUGUUAAUAGGCAUGCUGCUUCCUGGAAGAGAUCGCAAGUACAGUGGUCUUGUCGGUCAAGCUGCAGACGAACAAAGUAGUAGUUCAGGUAAUGCCAUUCUUAGGGCUGUGUGCUGCACGAAUGUUGACAAAGUAUGUACCGUUAAGAAUCCGCAGAGUUGGGAGGAGGCGAAUGACGAGUGUGCAAGGAGUGGACCGAGGAGUAAAUGAUAUUUGCUGAAUGGUGGUACUCGUACGUAACACGUACAAUGUCACCUUGACAUUGUGCACAGCAUGUACAAUGUCACCUUGACAUUACACGACUUGACUUUGUAUGCAGCAUGCACAAUGUCAGCUAUGUCUAUGUUCUUCACUGUUGUAUAUGUCUGUACUUGCUAAAUCAACUGCAGGCCACUCUUGCUUGGGGAGCCCAUAACGAGGGAAGCAAACUGCAGCAAGAAAUUUGAAAUUCUGCAUGAGUGGUCUGAAGAAACCGUACAGUUUAUGUAUUACUUGGUCUCUGAACUUUAGCUCUUGAGCGUAGAAGCUAUGGCAUUUUGAAGAAUCGAGCAUGUUUGAUUGGACUGUUUGCGAUUUGCUGGUCUUUGUGUUUCGAAUGCGAGUGUCACAGAAUGUCUUGCAUGAUCUUUAUGGCACGCUUUCACUUGUGCUGAUGUGUUGCCAUUGAGGUGUUGGUAUGAAAACCAGUAUCACACUGGUUUUUGUUUUGUUCCACUCAGGAAACUUUUUUUGCGAUUCUGCUGCAUAACGGAAAAAUGUAAUGGUCUGUAGCGCUUUUUUGGCUACUUCCUAAGAAAUUUCCAAAUAAAGAUAAAAAUGUAGUACUGUUUAUUUUUUGUGAAACGUACUUGAUCCAAGAAGUUCAGCAAGACCCCAUUUAUUGCAACGUCUCAAACUAGAAAAAUCUUGGUAAAGGCACCAUGACGAAGAAUACCACAAGGCACUGAGUGUGAUCUCUGAAACAGCACGUUGUUGAGCAUGCUCGGGAAAAUGUGAGACCUCUAUUCUGAUGAAGUGAACAUAGUGCCUAGAAUGCCUCCUCCAAGAUGGCCAGUGUGGCAAGGCACAGAACUUCACAGUUCCCGUCACCAUUCUUUCUGCUUAUGAGCUUUUGCAUUGGGCUUUGAUACGAUGCCUAGAGAAAUAUACACUAGCGGGCUGAAGGGCAGACUUGGAUUAGUGCCGUUAACGGCAUGCUUAACUGGCUGUCACUCACACCAACCCUACCUGGAAUCGUGCAGAGGCUGGUGUUGUCUUGUGUUGGUAUUGUUCUGCAUUUCCAGCUUCUUUCAUGAGUCGAAAACCGGUGAAAUAUGUAUUGGUUACACUCUGAGACAUAACAAUACACUGCAUUUUGAUUACUUUUUUUUGUUGGGAGGGGGGUUCAUUUCAACAUGCUGAUUGCAGUGCAAGUGCAAAAUGCUGCUUUUGCAAGUUGCACUAAAGUUGUACCAUACACAUCUUACCCAUAGUGUCUAGAUUUACAAACCCGUUUCGCCAUUUACUGCUGUUGUGCCAGAAGCAAGAUCUCCGUCAAUCACAUUACUGCACGAGCAGAUGGGAACAUUUUCAAAGCAAAAAGCACACACCUUUCUAUAGUGCAACUGUCGUAUAUUAACUCUCAACGAGCAUUUGAUCAUGUUGCAAAGAGUUGCCAUGCUAAGGCUGCAGCUGAUAGAUGCUGGCUGGAUGUGUGCAUUUUGAACGUCAAUUGGAACGACGUUUCAUUUUCACUAAAUUUGUUAUAAAUGAAUUGUAAAUUCAUAAGGCAGCCUUGGCUAAGCUGCAAAGAUGGCAGUUGAAGACGUCUGUUAUUACUAUUUACCUUGCCGCAACCGCAUGGUAUGUGAAAUGUUAAAUUUUUCUGAUACUACUUUCUGAUACUAGGCUUGUUAUGCAGUUAGAAAUUUUGCUGUAGUUGGCCUUUAAGAUCUUAAUCAUAGGUGAGGUACCUCAAGGAAGUGUAUAUGCGACCAUAUGGAGCCAACACAUGCGACAGAAUAAAGCACAAGGGUGUUAUCAAAAAAAAGUAGUUUUAAUUGUAAGUGUCGUACAUAAUUAUGAGAUGCAAAGGCGGUGGGUACGAUCCCCGGCAGCGGCGAGCUAAUUCAUUUUUACUUUGUGAUCUCGUCAAUGAAAAACUGCAAAUACAGUACACUUUUCAUAAGCAAAUAUCUCUUAGAUGGACUGCCUCUAAUAUGACUGGUUUCAUACUUGAAUUCUGCACCCCUCUUCAUCUCCUAGUAAAUGGAACUCCGGUUAGAUGGAACAUAUUUUCCUGGUUCCUUCAGGUUCCGUUUAACAAGAGCCUGCUGUAACACCUUGUAUGCUUUCGUUGGCCUCGUUAUCUGUUAGCUACAUACGGUUGCGUCCAACGAGAGCUGGCCUCUCGAUCCAUUCCCAGUCUUUCACUCGAAGAAUUGCAUUCAGGCCAGUCGUUUCACGUAUGGUCGCUGUCAGUCACCGGGUUCCAGCAUGUGCAAUUUGUAAAUUUUGAUUGAGUGGUUUCUUCGCACACUUGCAUCCUAGCCUUGGUGAAUAGUUUGUGUGGCAUCUGAGAAAGUGGGACAGUUUUCGUAGAAUUCGUUGAGCGUCAAUUGUGGUCUUGCGGAGCGUGGGUUGGGUGGUAUAUUUUGUGUAAAACCUCGUUAGCUUAGGUCAUCUUUCUAGUUAGUGUUAACUCCUAGUAGUUUUAUCUUCUCUGUCGCAAAGUAUUCUUUAUAUGCUGUCAUGCCUAUACCGUACUUUUAUCCUGAGUGGCAGUACAAAUAUUUAUGACGCACUGCAUAUCAUGGAAGUCUGCGCGAGGCAUGUCUACAGCGAUCGAGAUAACUUACCUCUAGCUGCAAAGAAAAAAAAAAAAACUUUGGUCUGCUUUCAGUGCAUUACAUGAAAAGCUCCAGCAGGCUGAGAUUAUAAAUCUCAAAGUACUAUGUUUUAUGCAUGCAAACUUUAUGUAAUGUAGUGAAUAUAUUAGUCGAAAUCCUCGAAUCCACGCAUACGAUGUUGGACUUGGUGAUGUGGUGGUGAUUUCGUUGCAUAGUAUAGAUAGUGUGAAUAAAUUUUAAAAUAGCUCUUUGUAUACGGGAUGCAGGAUUUGAUAUGUUUUUGUUAAAGCUUACACGCUUUUAUGUUAUCGUAGCUCUUUUAGUUGUUGAAUAGCUUGUGAGAUCGGUCUUGCAUUGGCACCGAAGCUCAGGCUUUGUUUUGUACAGUGGGCCUGGUUUGCAAAUCCUUGUUUUUUUGGUUUUUUUUUUCUGGCUGAAUGAGCACUUCAGUGCCCGUAUAUUGAUUGGUGCUGAAAUUUUCUCAAGUGGUGCCAGCAGUCUUUGUCAAAUUAACAGAUGUACAAUUCAAAAUUUAUUUCUCUUUUUUACAUUUGUACAUGAUUGUUAGAAGAGUUUUUAUUGUUUGAACUGCUGUUGCUUCUUCUGUUUGUAGGCCUGCUAUGGGUGUAGCAUACAAAGUGCAUAGCCACAGCUGUAGCUAAUAACUGUGCAAUUUCGUACUUGGAAACGCAUUGGCAGUUACCUUUUCUUAAAUGGGAUUGUGUAUACCUAGAUCGCAAGCCUUACGAAUGGCGUUCUCUUUCAUGUUCUCCUUUGGAAAUGCUGCCGUUUUUGACUCCAAAAUACUCUUCUCUGGCAUUGCGUAUUUCUUAUAUGCUCUCAGCUUAAGCACAUGUAACCAAUCUUAGCUCAACAGCUGUGCUGACUUACUGGAUUGUACAUUGCCAAAUGUAUUAGAACUUCAUUUUUGUUCAAGUUGAACUUGUCAUAUGUUUCAGGUGAGAAUUCUCAAUUCUCGUGCCUCACAGUUAACGUCGUAGGUAGGACGUAAUUAGAAAUAUGAGGGGUGAAUGUAUCGAAUGUACUUUGCAGAUGACAGAACAACACUGCAUCAUAAACCCUAUACCGUAAUUCCCAAGCCCUGCUGUUUUUAUUUGAAUGCAAUUAGGCUUUUUGUUCAUGUGAUAUGGGAGCCAGGGGAGAACCUGCUCUCCCCAUACGCAGCUUAGUUGCUAUCGGAAACAGUGGGGAGCCUCACAUGCUAGUCGUUUGCAAAAUGCCAUUUGUGUUGUGCAUAGUGGAUGCAUGUUGCUGAAAUAUGCUUUCUGUUUUGAGCUUACUCUGCAGAUUGUAAAUAUUUUUUAUGUCUGUACGUAACGCUGUUAUUUUGUAUUUUGCUGCUUGGAUAAAUUUUUGAACCACGCUGGCAGCGUUCACUCGGACAAGGAUAAGAAUGCCAGUGGUACUGUACUGUUUGCAGUGGUGCACUGAUGUGUACCUCUAUGUGCAUUGUUUGUAAAAUAUGUUGCACUCUUCCAUAGAUGCACACUUAAGUAUGUGUGUUGCGUCUCCGUGCCAUGAUUUUGCAGUAUUUGUCGUGCACCUUGCAUCUCUUACCAGAAUUGAUUACGGGCAGACGAGCAUUUAUUUUAAUUUUGAUUUUUUUUUUUUUACGCAGUGGUCGCAUAACCGCAGCAGCAUGUGUGUGUCGGCGGUGAAGUCCCAAUGAAUUGUUGAACUUGGGAGUUAGAUUUUUACACGUGAGUGACAUUGUCAGGAUUGAUGUGGGUUCGGCGACGUUCCCUCGUGGGGGAGCUGUGUUGUAUCGUUGAACUUUUAUAGAGCUGGUUACUGUAGCGUGUAAAUAAAUAAAUAAAAAGUUACAAGCA